AUGUGGGCUGCUUCGGAGAUCUAUCAGGUAUUUUCUAGUCUUCGGAGGUAAUGAGAGUUAUCACAGUCUGAUGACUGGGGUAUUAGAAUGCAGGAGGCCUUUACCAGUUCCCUUGUAGACCGUCUCGCCAUUAUGCUGGGAAUCGCUCAGGGUGCAAACAAUUUAAUUUCUCUAGUUAUGACCUUUCUAUUAGCUCAAUAGUGCGAUGAGAUAUGGUUUACAAAAGGCUUCAAGAUGAACCUGUAUUCAUCAUUAUUAAGGGUAGGCGUUCUUCACUGCAAGCGAAGUAAAUAUCAAAAUGGACACUCAGUUUUAAAGCUUCAGUAAGUGCUUUAAAAAAAUAAAAACACCCUUGAGUUUAGAAGUCAUAAACGAUUAGAAACUAAGUCAUGGCCAGCAACACAUGAGGUAGUUUCUGGCAUAAGAAUGGACAUAAUUCAAGCAAACUCAGAGGAUAAUUCCUCCGGCAAAAACUUCAGCCACCAACCAGUCUGAAAUCUAGAAGAAUUGUUAACUUUGCUGCUAGUUGAACGUGCGUGUUCCGAUUUUCGGACGACAGCCACUUUUAUAACCCCGAUUUUCAGACCGAAAAAUCUUUGAAAAAUGUUGUUUUGAAAAUAGACUUAAGGACAAAUAUGUGUGAAAAAUGGAACAAUUUUAGCUCAUACAGUAAAACGAUGAAAACAAAUUAUAUCAGAUUUUGUGGUUACUGUCAUAUCCUGAUGGAUGUCAAAUUCGCAAAAACGUGUGCUCAGAUGCCCGAAUGAUAUUUCCACCACAAAUGCAGCGCGAAUGUAACAUUUGUCUAUAUGGUUUUGUUCUAAAAUUCUUGACAGUAACUAGACACACUCGCUAACUAAACUACGAUUCCGUUCACUAGUAGCCGGGCAAUUCGUAUAUCAACUCAUGUGUAAAUUAUAAAUGAAAUAAAGUAUGAUCAGAAUACAAUCAGUAUAUGACAAGCUACAUGAGCAUCUUUCUCAAACCUGCGUAUAGAUCGUUUGUCGAAUAUGCCGUCAUUUUUUCAAUGAAAUAAUGUAAAAGAGAAAGAUUUCUUUCGCAAAUGAAGCUACAUUUGCCAUUAGUUAGUAAACUUGGUCAAGUCAAACACGACCACAAGUUCAUGGAGGGUGUUGAGACACUUUUAACUAUGCAUCUGAAAGGGCACGAAACAUUAAGAUUAGUGAAUUUUGAGAGUUGAAGUAUCUUAACAGAGGUUUGCUAGAGACCUGACAAAAGCUUUUGUUCCAAAAUUGAAACCACAUUUAACAGCGUUCACGUUUCCAACGCUUGUUACUUUGCACGGAAAGUUUUCGGAGGCAGCUGUGCUUAUAGCUUUUUUAAAAAACGGCUCUAAUUGUUAAUAUUUUCUCACGACAAUAUCAGGGUCCUUACUUUGAACCCCACUGUCAUAUAAUUAUACAGGGCAAAAGCUGUCAUGUCAUGUCCUAAACUAUCUAUUCAAUCAGUUCGUAUUGAACACUAUCUAAAUGGGAUUAGAGUUAGCUGUAACCAAAAUCUCGAAGUAAAGGCAUUUUCUAACAAAUUUACAAUUACAACGGAGACUGAUAUUGAGGUAAUUAUUUUGCUGGGGCGGUGAUUAGGAGAAAAAGAUUUAUUUUCAACGAUUUAAACUUUGCAUCACUUUCUUUACUGGUAACUAUCCUCUGGAUAAGUAUUUAAGAAGACUGAAGACAAAAAAUAACAUUUAUCGGCUUAUGCUUACCCUAUGAACUGCAGCAGGACGUUUUAGUUCAGGAGGGCUUUAUAAGUGAGAAUGUAUGACGUUUGAUAGUGGGGGAGGCCUAUAUAAUCCAAUGAAUCCUGUAUUUACUCUUGUGUUUCAUCACCCCUUGCAUCACGAAAAACCGUUUUGGGGCUCUAAAAUUUCGAGUGACUCGCUCCGUCCUCACUAGAGUAAUUAAUUCAUAACAAAGAAGUAGUCAACUUUUUGAUAAUGAGGAUUAUAAAAAGCAAAUUGUCAGGGUGGAAGUUUCGAAUGAAAGCGUAACUUUGUUAUUUAUUUCGUUCAUCAAGAAAGCUGCUGACUUUGUUUGCUGUUAAAUAGUUUGUUAGGUUGUUGGAAAUUAUGCUUAUAUUUACUAAAUAUUUGUGCAUAUGAAUAAGUAAACCAUAUAUUUAUAACCUAAAAGACAAACCCUAAUGACCCUUCAAAUUUCGGUCGGAAAGGACGUAUUCCACUAGACGAUUACUGAAACAAUGAUACAAUAUGUCACUCAAGCGGACAGCUCAACUUCCGACGCUUUCUUAAAAGUUGCAUUACAUUUCGAACAGACUCGCAGCCCUAUUGUUAGAUGCGGCGGUUGCUUUACGAUAAAGAUAAUUUCCGCGAUCAUUUUGCAAACUUCAAGAUUGACAGGAAAAUACAAAGUCCAAGUAACGUUUCUGUGAAUCCAACCAUUCUAUCUCGAUGACGCUUUACAUGCUGAUGUUACCAGAAUCGUAUUUAGCUUGCUAAUUCUCAUAAGCUAGUACACAUUCAGAAUUUGUUUGAAAUAUUUGUCGAACGUCUACAACGGACGCCUGAACUCGUUAAAUAUCGUGACGUAGGUGCGGAUGCUUCUUGAAGGUGCACUUGAUGUCCCACUCCUGCUUAUUAGACAUACGAUGUUUGAGCGUCCCUUUUCUGAUGCAAAAUAUGUCCGGAAGCUGUUUCAUUGUCAUGCUAUUGGUAGUGAAAAUUACCUUUUACUUUGUCAGUGAAUGCAUGUCAAAAAAACUUUUGCCGGCCUUCAUGGUUGUUCGUUCAGCAAACCCACGAGAAAGGUGUGACAGGUUUGUGCAAUUAAAUUAAACACUUUUUUCGUCGUCAAGCAAGAAUGCACGCGUGUAAUUUAAUUUAUGUCUAAGAUGUGCAUUUACGCUACUCUGUGCUCGUCCCCUUCCUUCAUAGGCAAAGGAAUGAGACAGCGCCUAGUCAAUGGGUGCUGGCCUGCUGUCAGGCGUAAUAGGUGAAACGCAGUAGCGGUGUUGAUGAGGAGCUGAAUCAGCGCCGCAACUCAUGAUGCCAUCCUGAGGCACUACUUUAUUUUUUCAGAAUUGCGUAAUCCAGGCAACAAACAAGCAAGGUAGGCCUGACCUCACAGAGAGUAUCACCGUAGAGGUGUGUGAAAUCGAUGGCUAGUAGAGGAGUGUGUUGUCGCUUCCACCUUCUCGUCAGCUUCCAGAACUCCCACACGCAAGCACCUGUUGAGAGACAGAAAGCAAACGUUGGAGCGACGAGAGGUCCUUUAUCAGUACGCGCGCGCCAUGAAUAAAAGCUAAGCGCUGCCAGUAUCCGCAUUAAUUGGCAAAGCAAAAAGUAGGAGAAAAAGUGGUAGGCACUCAGAAGUGUACUCAUUUCGUCCUACAGAUGCAUGUUUUUGGGGAACGCCGGUGUCCGUGUUGCGUUUGCUUCGAAUCACCUACGAAGUAAGUCCUAGUGCAUGAAGUUUUUGUCCCAACUCGUUUUUUGUUAAAAGCAUUUUCUUGAGAAACUUUUCGCGAUCAGCGUUUCUUAUGUAUUGGAUAAGUCGACGGGACUUCAUUUUGGAAGUUAUUAUGGGUUAACUGUUAUAAACAUAAAUUGCAUAGCAUGCGCUUCAGCUUAUAUAACGAAGAAAACCGCUGCGUUAAAUAGCUAUGUUCUUUUUCUUAAGCUGGCAACUCUCAGGACAUUCUCGGUUGAAGUUGUUUCAUUUUGCAAGGGAAUAUAAGUCGGAUAAAAACAGAACUUGCCUAUUUCUAAAUCAUUUACUGAUUAUUGUACACCACAUAUCGUGUCGUUUAGUAAAUAGGCACCAUAUGAUUCCAUCUUCAAAUAUACUGAUUACAAAGCAACUAAUUCUUACUUGUUUCUUUACCAUACACAGACCCCGAUUCAAAAUCUAGUUUGUUUGUGAAAUCCAAUUAAAUGAUCAGGCAAGAAAAGCCAAAAGUUUAUUACCAAUAACAAGCCGAAUUUUGUGGAUAAGAACAGCAAAACAACCUAAAAACCCGCGUAACUGGCAAAUUAAAUUAUUUUGCAAUGGCGUUGUCCAAGUUUUACUAUUAUUUGAUUUUUGCUACUGUGUAUCACCAUUUUUCUCAAAAGUCAACUAUUGUUUUGAUGGCUGGAUUAAAUAGACAUCUCUGAAACUCGUUAACGAAAUAUUUAAAUUAACUGGAAUAUUUUGCACAUUUAUUAUAUCCAGUUUGGGUGCGAUGUGUAGUUAAACUGCGUUUAUGAAGCAACCGUGGAUUUAGUUAUACCAAAUUUCUCAUCAAGAGUAUUAAUUUAGCUGUGAAUACUUCUGUCGUACUGAUUUUGAAAUGUGCACAUAUUGUCAGAUUGAAUGUACUCGUAUAUUGUAACAGGUCUAGUGUAUACUAAUGGGUUUCGUCAAAAAUUUAGCGCUCUUUCAUUAAUUUGGUUAUGCUGCAUGCAUCCUCUAGAUUAUUCAAAAAAUACCGCCAAAAUGCGUUAUUUUCAUGCACGCGUUUAUGAAAGCAAUUGAUGACAUUACGAAUAAAACCGCCAGUUCCCAUUUUUAGAUCUUUAUGCUUACUGCCAAAACACCUGGAUCAGGUAUCAAUUGUCCUUUGUUGGAAAGUCAUCCUGAACCCUAUUUUAUGGAAGCUGUGAUCGUAAUUCAGAUAGUUUUAGGUGCCGAAAUAAAAAGGAAAUAAGCAUUAAAUUUUCAUAAAUUAAGAAUAUGCAGUCAUGCUGUUAAACCCCCGGCGACAUGUGAAUAGGGACUCCUACCAAUGUACACCAGUCUUAUGGGACCGAAUAUUUCUGAUACCCGUUAAUUCGGCAGCAAUCCAUGGUGGAGUGGAAAGGGUCUCGUCUGAAGAUUUUCAGGACUGGUUUUAAGCUCUGUGGGUUCCGCGGGAUUAAUAUACUACUGUCUGACGACAGAAAAUAAGCCACAAUUCGUCAUCCCGGUGUGUUUUCUUAAUUGACGCCCCCUUCAGAAUUAGAGUUGUGAAAAUUCCCAUGGCAAUAUUCAGAACACACGCUGGCGAGCCAACGUUGCUUUCAGUGAAUUCUUUUUUCGCCAUUACAAUUAUAUGGGAACGUCGCACAGUCGAACAUGGCAGUGAUUAAAAAAUCGAUAAAAGUUAGUUUUAAAACACAAGCUAGGCAGAAGCAGAAGGGUUCAGAAAGUUGAAUGUGAUUAGUAAACCUUUAACCACGGUAAGCGUGGAGCCUGAACGAGGCUCUUCUGGGCACAUAGGAUCGGCUUUCAAAACCUGGUGGCGGCCUCUUCUGUUCUUGCUAACCGGCACCGUCCCAGUAGCUUAGGGUAGCUCGAGGGGACCUUAUAAAUCACACGAAAUGCUUCAGCGAGGUCCACGUGAUGCCCUAAAUCAACUGCCUGCGCAAGGAUGGCGUUGUCCAUUCUCUUAGUUUCGCCUUUUGCAAGCCAUGCGGGGAGGUGUUCUUGUAUUCUUUUGGAAAGACGCCGACUCGUACGACCCAUAUAGCUUGCUCCAAAGGAGCAAGUGAAUGAAUAGAUGCACACUGAGGUGGUCUGAGUUGGCAGCUUAUCCUUGUCUUCUCCUCGGGAAGUAGGGUUAGUGAAGUAUGAUAUUGGAACCCUUGAUAGUAGAAAAUUUCUCAAGACAGCUUGAUCAAGGCGACUUCUUAGGAGUUUACUUGCAGCGUCUCCUUGGAAAGGGACUUUGAGGAACAAUGUUUUCAUUUUGGCAAUCAGUGAAGUGGGCUUUUUUCGGUCGUUUGGCAAUGUUCUUUGACCUGAAGAGAAUUUAUGGAAAGUAAUGUCUGCUCAUCAUGCUUGUCUCCUUCAUAAUUAACCGGUUUUUACUGUGCAGCCGCUAGCGUUAGUGGCUGGCCGUCACUAAAAAGGCAACAGGGAGACGUCUUUUCCUGUUCUAAAAUUAGCACAACGCAGUUCGCGCCUUCCUUACAUGCUCACAAUUGUUAUUUCUGGAAGAAGUAUAGAGCUACAUACAUGCAGAUAGGUGCUUGGAGGUCGAUGUAACUUGAUUACUUUAGUAUCUUGACUGAUGGGCAGGUCACCUGAAUCCGACAUUUCCCGAAAACUCAUUAAAUUCCGCAAAUAUUGAGUGAUAUUUGUUGCAUUCCUAUAACUUACCUACACAGUCAUCUCUACAGAAUACUACGUUUUUAUCUUAAGAAGGAUAAGUUUUCAAUAGGCAUUCCAAUAACAUGGCCAACAGAAGUGUAACAAACAUAUUUCAUUAUUUUUCACAUGAGCAGCUAACCUGAGGACUCAGUUCAUUCGGAGACGUGCAAACAGGGUCCAUGGAGGGGGCUAUUUGUCAGCAUGAAAAAAUAUGAUGAAAGGCCAAUUUUAGCUUGUCAGAUUUUUGUGUUAACAAGUAGAAACGUCUAUAGGUGAAUUAGGAAAUAAAAAUAACGUCUUGAUGUUAACACCACUAAAUGUGAAAGUCGCUGUAUGCCUUGUUUUUGGAUGUUAUUUGUGUCCUUUUUGUGGUCUGGUUGAGACUAAAUCCAAACUCAAUUUGCUGUUUAAUCAUUAUUUAAAAACACGACACGGGUGAAAAAUGUCAGGUGCUAGAAAGAGAACCCUAAUGUUGAUUACAGAAAUUAAUCUAUACAGACCAUGUGGCUCCUUCAAAUCUACAUCGAAAUAUGAUCCAACACUUUAAUGAUUAUUUAGAAGGAUGCACUUGUGAAGCUCCUCUUGUACAUCAUUGUUCCUUCCAAUUUCUAGCUCGAGAUAUAGUCCAAGCCGCGGUUUUGUCAGACGUUCGGCAAAGUAAGUUAUUCCCCAAAGGCGAUCAAUUUUGUGCCACUGCUUUUGUCGAAGGACUGGUCAUCGUUGAAUUUCCUCUGUUUUAGCCCUUCGCCGUGUAGGGUUCACAAAAGUCGGAGCCCUAGCAGACAUACAAGAGUAGGAGACGACGACCCCUUUGCGUACAUGUGCACCGGGGAUGUCUACGCAAAUAGGCAAGUCAACCAGACCUAGAGUGUUGUUUGAAUAGCCAAUAAUUGCAUUUCAUUUACCAAGUGCCAAUUGUAUCACAUAGGCUUGUAGGUGUAGACUUAUUUCCUUAAAUUUUACCGUCUCGCCUACAGUAUCAGUUAAAAGUAACUCUCAUAAAGGCUACUUUGACGAGUUCUUUGUAGACAAGAUUAGUUUUAAGUGGCAUUUCUCAAAGCAAACUGCUGCAGCUUUCCUAAAAGGGUGAAUUUGUAGUAUCACUUCAAGGCUGAAAUAUCAGAUAGAGAAAACUGGUGGAUGGCGAUAAACGAAUAAAAAUAAAUUCUCCCUUACUGUAUGAGUAGAACCCAGUGGAAACUUUUUUCCAAAACCCUGUCCCGUUGUUGCCUAAUAUAUAUUGCUUUCAAAAUCAGGGCCUUCCUGAAGUUGCUUAAAAAGAAAUACAACUACGUUCCUUACAAGGCAUCCUCGGAGGAAAAUAAUGUCCAGUCUCUAUCGCGAAAGGUUCGUUAGUCCUGGUCCAAUUGUGCACCUUUUCUUCUCUACUUUUAUAAUAAAAAAGGCAUCCUCUUUCAGUCAACCUACAGAGUUUGCCCGAUAAAAUCAAAGGCCGACUUAGAAGAAGGUAAAAAUGUGAUUUUAAAAACAUUUUAUAACACGCUUGAAUGCGUUUGAAUUUCGGAUGGAUAAAAUCUGUAUUUCUAUUGCCUUACGAAUCUAACAUUUUAGGGGAUCUAAUAAUUGAAACGCGCGACCAUAAGUAUUUGAAAGUGCUUGGCCCGGCUGAUGCCCCGGAAGAUGAAGAAUUUUUUGUCUGUAAGUUGCCCAAGACUAAUAACCGUAACCAGAAAUAAGUUUUAAUGAAAGCCGAAUCAUUCUCUUACAGAACCAUGAUGUAUUAUAAACAUAUUAUUAUAUCUAGUUAUCGAGGGAAAGGAUUCUAAAGUGCCUCCUACGUCUGACGACUCUUCCAGCAGCUCCAGGUGACUGACGUGUAUUACUUGUUCUUUUUACUACGACUGACUACAUUUCAUACCAUGCAUAGUUGUGGUACAUUUAACUUAAACUUACCGCACUUUACUUAACAGUGAUUAGCCUUUCCAGUAGAUAUCGGAAUGCAUCUAUAUUCUUAGACAUCAACAACGUUGUGGCAAUAGGCAGAACCUUCAAGGUCACUUAAACGAUGCAGCCAGUUGAGCCUUAAUCAGUUUUCGGGUGAUUAUCAUUACCAUCAAGGCAAACCAAAAGAUGCCGCCGGCCCGACAACUAAACACUGGGCACAGUUUCCUUCUGUGAUGUAAUCAGAUGGUUGUUAAAUCCAUUAUCUUUUCGUACCGCAGGUACGCACUGGCACAUUCCUCAACGGCUGGUCUGCCAAGGGAAAUUCUGUUGCUGCUAAGUAGCUGGUUUUUCCAUACUUGUUUUAAUUCACUCGACAGACCAUUUGUACUCGAAAGGUCCCUUUAUUUGGAGUGUAGUCUUCCCUGGAAUGUGUUGCUUACGUUAAACCACUGAUGUGUCUGUCCGUCGUUUUAUCCAGCACCCUUUAAAUGACUGCGGUGCUACUAAGGAUAAAGUCCGUCCACUGUUUUUUCGUUAGCUGCUCUCUAGACAGCCUAUUUGAAUGAAGGUCUUUGAUGAAUGCGAUCGACUCGGUGGUGAACAACCGUUUACUCUAAAGGCACAAUAAGGCUCAGUAUAUUGGGUUGUUAUUGGACACUACGCAAUGGAUUUUUCCAGUAGCAUUUUAAUUCACUUUAUUUCCUGCAAACUAUAUUUUAGCCCAAGCGAUACAGAAGACAGCUGUAUCCAUAAGAGGCAGGGUGUCCAAUGCCAAAGUCCGAGCAGGAGCCCGUCUGCCCAUCGAUACUUUUGUCACAGGUUAGAUAAAAUUUCACUUUAAUUUAGAAUUUUAGUUUUCCAUAAAAUUCUCCGAGGAGGUAGCUGAGAUAAGUUUAAAUUUUCCUGUAGAACCCUCGAAAUUAUAAUAUAGUGGUUAGCAGUAUUGAGGGAGUUAGACAAUACCUAGGUUUAACCAGUCGUAUGUUUUCAAUGUGCAUAUCACAAUACUACUCAAUUUUCUGAACACGGUUUGUAAAAGAGGUUGAUGGAGGUAAAGGGCAUGGUACAGAAAGGCCUUGGGCUACACCAAAUACGUACUAAACUUUGUGAAUUAAGCCAGAUGGGAAUUUCAGAAAGACCAUGUGUUUUAAUUAAAGACUAAAAAGAAUGAUUUGGCACAUAAACAUAGUGGCAAUAUUAUUUUGACAAAAGUAAACUAUGUCUACAAUAACGUGAAUAAAUGCACAAUUUAAGAUAAAUCGGACAGAUGAGGAGCCACGGCAGCAUCAAGCAUGCAGAACGUUUUAAUUGACAAAUGACCGAAACUUCUAAAGUGUAAAUGUUUUUAUUGUAGGAUUUGCAGUAGGUGCAGCGUCACCUGUGGAAAGCCGAUAUGUGUUUGCUGCGGCGUAAGUUGACAAACCUUUCCAUUUGACCACUCCUCAUCAUACUUGUUGGCUAGUAAGCCUUUUUCAAAAAACCGUGUCAUUUAUUUUGUGGAAGAACAGAAAACCACGGAGAGAUCUAUGAAUAAAGACACAGCCACGAUAUGGCCAGUUAAACAAUCGUUUGAAGGACAUAUGCUCAACUUUUGACAGGUCAAUUCUGCCGGUUUGGUUUAUAUUCUUUUGAAAUCAGUUGGAUAAGUGAAGCGAGUCGUUCGAUGAUAUUAAAUUUCUGCGUUUUGGUCAUAUAGAGGGUUGACUGGCAAAAAAUGUGUUCUGCUGUUUUAAAACUUCGCCCAAUGCUAACGGGAUUAUACAUAUAAGGCCAAAUGUUUGAGAAAACGCCUUAUUUCAGACUUGUUAACUUAAUACAUUUUUUGCGGCAAAGAUGUAGCAGUUGGCAGUUAUUGUUGUCUUCGUUAGGAUUCAGCCAUUAACUCAAAUAUAGGUUUUUUAAAUUUUAGGUUGCAAUCAAUGAUUGCUAG